AUGCUGGAACACAUCUUAACUCCACGUCAAUCCGAAUACCAAUAUGAGCCUCUCGAACAGGGUGAGAUCAGAUUGCUGACCAUCCAGCCUUGUCCACAAGAUCAGUCCGUUCCAGUUGUCUGCGGAUUGAGCCAUGUCUCUCUAGCUGGCCUGGACACACGCCCCUAUGAGGCACUGUCAUAUGUCUGGGGAGAUCCUAAGCCUCGCGUUCCGAUAAAUGUGGAUAAGAAGAUACUCUUGCUACCUGUGAACAGUGAGAAAGUCCUUCGCCGAGUCGCCUACCCAGACAAGCCGAGAACAAUCUGGAUCGACUCUGUCUGCAUCAACCAAUUCGACUUGAAAGAGCGUAAUCAGCAAGUCGCUAUAAUGCGUUCAAUCUACGAAGUGGCCACUAUGGUCUUGGUGUAUAUCGGAGAUUCGGACGAAUACACCGACCGAGCGAUUAAUAACAUGGAGCUUCUCAACCGCGAGAUUGAUGAAGACGUCGGGAAUGAUGUCGAAAUUAUGGUGCCCGACGUCUUCCAGCAGCAUCCCACCUUCAUGGGGCCUGUCAGAACGGAAAUCGAUCAAACAGCCCUUCUCUCCUUUUUUGAUUCAGCGUGGUUCAGGUAA